GCUGGAGUAGACAUAGAACGGUUCCAGUCUCGCUCACCCGAUGUCGCACCCGUUCCCCCACACUCCCACACACGCAGCACGAGGUUCCCAUACUAGAACGUAAAAGUGGUCAGUGGAUUUCCUUCCCAAACGUGCAGUUGAUUGUAGAGUGAGUAAACAUUAAGAGCGGCAGAAGACAAACUAGCAAGCAGAUUCCUAACGACAGAAGAAAGCUUGUGGACAAGAGUUCUAGAAGUAUCCACGUCUGUUUCGUCAAGCUUCUGCGGACUAUUUCACACGUCAAACUCAGAUUCACCAUGAACACAACAGUUCUGUCCCUUUUCUUCUGUGCUGUUUUAGGACUAACAGCGGCCUACUACAUGGGAGACGCCAGCAACUUCAACGGUUACAGCGAUGAUGAUGACGACGACAUCGAGACAUACUUUCCUAACAAAAGAUCGGCAGCAGAGUUGGCCGGAAGGAACCUGUGCCUGCCCUACAGAGCCCCCUGCACACUAGACAGCGCCCUGUUGAAGAAAUAUCCUUUCUUGAAGUGCUGCAAUGACGUCUCAUGCAGGUGCACCAUCUGGGGCAACAACUGCAGGUGUGAGGCCACCCUCGGCAGAUAAACUUCCGGCAGCUGCUCGUCUCUUACAUAACCAGCUCGUGUUUGGGGCGGAAGUGACGUCACUAAUUCUAUAGUGAUUAUUUAUUUUAUAACAAAUUUAAAGCUAUGUUGACGUAUUCAGAAAAUCAGAGACCAUUUGUAAACUUAGAACAAGCUAAAAUGUAAAGAGAAAUAAAUGAAUAAAUUGCCACAAAAUUAACACGUUUGUUUCUCUCAGUUAAUUUCUCCAUCAACGGAACUUUUAAAACAAAUGCCAUUAACGGGCGAGAAGAAAAGUUUUUGAGCCGCUUUCGUCAGUUUAAAGCUGAUUUAAUGCUCAAAACUAUUUCCAGCUUAUCAAUUCAACCUGAAACACGUUUUUAUAGACUUGAAUUCUUUGAGUUAUUUGGCAUGCUAUUCAAUUGAUUCGUUUUGUUUUGAUCAGGAACAAUAAAGUAGAAAAAAUUACAGCCAGCUUC